CCAUCGCCUUCUCCGUGACCGGGUGUGGCCUGUCCAUGGCAGCGAGGAAGACACUCCGGCUGCCGACGCGUCUGAUUCGCCCAUCCGCCUUUCAGCCUGGUUUCCCACGUGCUGGCCCAUGGAAGCUGCUCCGCCGGAGACAGCUCCGUGCAAAAGGCUGCUCGAGAGUCUAGAGCUCUGAGAGCGUUGGCAUUCGUGCAGGUACCUUCAUUUAAGAGGGCGAUGGCGACCUCUCCCUCUGCUAUGCUUUUCUUUCGCACCACCGUGCUACCCACGCUCGUCCUGGACAUCCGUCCACCGCGCGGCCGUCAUGGCAUAUGCUGCCGGCAAGGACGAGAAGUGUGCGGCCAUGACUAGCGAGGUCGUCGAAGUACCCGCGUCCGCCGGCGCGUUGGAGAUCCCGUCCGUCACCUGGUACAAGGAUGCCGGUCUGCUGAAGCUAUACAUCAUGAUUCCCAUCCUCUUCCUCGGCUCCACGACCAAUGGAUACGAUGGAAGUCUGUUGAACGGGUUGCAGACCCUUGAUCCGUGGCAAGACUACUUUCACAAUCCUAGUGGAUCUACGCUCGGCCUGUUCAGCGCCAUUCUGCAGAUUGGAUCACUGUGUGCAGUCUUCUUUUCGGCCUAUCUCGCCGACUUGCUGGGGCGCAAGAAAGCCGUCGCGUCUGGCACCAUCAUCAUUUUCGCUGGCAUGGUAUUACAGGUCGUACCCGGAGUCACUCGAGGCAUGUACAUUGGCGGACGCUUCAUGGUCGGUCUGGGCUCCAACAUCUGCCAAGGCUCCGCUCCGCUGCUUGUCCUUGAGCUUGCCCAUCCGUUGCAUCGUGGCAAGGUCACGACCAUGUACAACACCCUCUGGUACCUCGGGUCUAUCGUCGCCGCCUGGACGGUCUUUGGCACCAUGGGCUACUCGGGCAACAUGGCGUGGAAGAUUCCCGUUGGUCUUCAGGGGUUGAUGCCUGGCAUUCAACUGAUUGGCAUCUGGUUCCUCCCCGAAAGCCCGAGAUGGCUCAUCGCUACGGAAAGGCACGCGGAGGCCAUGGACAUCCUUGUCAAAUACCACGCAAACGGCGAUCGCCAGAACACCUUCGUGCAAGCCGAGUUCGCGGAGAUUGAGGGCACGCUUAUCGCGGAGAAGCAAUACACCAACCAAGGCUGGCAGGUCUUUGUCCAGACCAAGGGCAACCGACGACGACUGCUGCUCAUUGUGCUCGUCGCUUUCUUUUCACAAUGCUCGGGUAACGGGCUGGUGAGCUACUACCUGCACGACAUUCUGCAGUCGGUGGGCAUUACGAGUUCCUACGACCAGGCGCUGUACAACGGCGGACUGCAACUCUGGAGCUUCCUCAUGGCCAUCAUCUUCUCAAGCCUGCUCGUCGAUCGCUUCGGCCGCCGCACGCUCUUCAUGAUCGCCAGUGUGGGCAUGCUGACUACUUUUACGAUCUGGACCGCCUGCUCCGCCAUCUACGCCGAGACGGGCAACGUGGCCGCGGGCAAGGUGGUGCUGGCCAUGAUCUUCCUCUUCUAUGGCAUUGCCGGCUUCGCGUGGCCUGGCCUGACCAUUUCCUACACCAUUGAGAUUCUCCCUUACAAUAUCCGAGCCAAAGGUCUUGCGCUCAGUUUGAUGAUUGUCUCGGCUGCGUCGGUCCUCAAUCAAUACAUCAACCCGAUCGGCCUGCAGAGUAUCCACUGGAAGUUCUACUUUGUUUACAUUGUCAUUCUCGUCAUCGAAGUGCUGUGCAUCUGGUUCUUUUUCGUCGAGACGAAGGGUCGGACGCUCGAGGAGGUGGCGGUGCUGUUGGAUGGUGAAGAGGCGGUUGCUGCUGUCGAGGCAGAGGCUAACCAUACUGUUGGCGAGAAGAGGGAUCUGGGGGUGCAAAGUUUGCGAUAUGACGGACGAACGGUAUUGUGAGCGAGGGGCAUGUUGAAAUGAAUUUAUGGCAUUGGGUUGAGCGCGGCUGGUGUUUUGCGGGGAUCUGGUUGGUUGUACAUAUUAUGACUGCAUUUCUCGGAUGUGCCGGAUACCCCACUUGUACAUAUGAGCAAUGCCCUUAUUCGGCCCCUC